GGUGGUCGCUGUAGCAAGAUUUCUUUGUUUUUCUUUUUCAAUUUAGCAAAAACAGUUUUGAAGUGUCGCUGUAGCAAGAUUUGUGUUGUUUUUCUUUUCUCUUAAUUUAGCAAAAAAAGUUUUGAAGUGUCUGGCUGAAGUUCCCGGAAGAGGGAAGGGAGGAGGGUGGGAGGAGAAGGAGGGCAGGGGCAACCUGCUGCGAUCCCGAGGAGAGUAGGGCGGAAGAAGUGCGGAGGUGCGGAGGCUUUAGGUAGAGAGAGGAGAGAGAGGCGCAGAAUGCCGACAGAGACGACGACGACGACGACGACGACGACGACGACCUCGCCCGCCGGUAGGUCAGCAGCCUUGUCAGCUUCUGCCACGUCGGCUGGACAGACUCUCCCUUCUUCCGUCGGCAAAUCAGAGAAUGACACGUCAGCAAUGCGAACGGAUGGAGGACGUGCAUCGUCUGGCUACGUGUCCGCCUCUACGACGAUGACAUCGCCACAUGCCGGGUCAUCGUCAUCAGCGCCCGCCCAUGCAGCAGGCACAGAUGGGAUUGCAGCAUUGAGGACGAAUGUCGAGGAGGGUGUGAAUUUUGGCCCCACCUCGACCAUCGGCCGAGAGGAAGACCGAUCCCUGCCGCCGCGUCAGCAGCAGAGCAGGUUCAUGACGCCGUCGUCGUCGUCGUUGGUGCCACGUCAGCAUCUGCAUAUUCAGCACCAUAGUCAUCAGACUAAUUACAAUGAGGAGGAUGUUGGAUACGGCGGGGGUCAUCCACGUCAGCAUCUGCAUAUUCAGCACCAUAGUCGUCAUCAUCACAAUCUCAAUGAGCAUCAGCAGCAACAGCUGUCACGUCAGCAGCAGCAGCAGCUGCCACGUCAGCAGCAGCUUCAGCAUCAUCGGCAACAUCAAGAGGUCAGGACGCUUCUGCCAGAUCAGCAGCAGCAGCAGCAGCAGCAGUACAGACCGCGAUUGCAGCCGCAGCAGCAGCAGCAGAGAAUGAUGAUGACGAUUCAGGAUAAAGCCGCCGCUACUACGUCUGCGCCGCCGCCGCCUACGGCAGGGGGGUCAAUGAUUGUUCCAGCAGCAGCGCGCACACGUGCGCCGACUGCCACGUCAGUCGUUCCUGAUGGUGGGAGAGGAGGUGUGCUGCUUGAAAAGCCUUCAGAUACGCAGGUGAAAAUAGAACGUGUGGGAAGGACUCUCGAGGUGGAGAUACCCCCUCUUCGAUCCAAAGGGGGCUUAUGGCGCCUCCUCACGGUCUCCGUCAUCUGGAAUGCUUUGAUCUGCGUCCCUGCGGUGUUGAUUGCGAAGCGCGGGAAAUCGCUUUUGUACGAGUUGAUGUUCGCGCCAUUUUUCGUUGCCGGCAUCAUCCUAAUCUGGAUGACAAUCCUAACGGCGUGGGAAUACGUCCGGGUCGAGAUCGGGACAUCCAGUUUCUGUGUGACGUGGUCGCUGUGGGAGUGCAUUUGGUGGAGGGUGGAGGGCGACGUGAGGGACAUCACAGGCGUCUACGUGGAGCAGAAAUGGACUGACGAGGAGGAUGACCCUUCAAAAGCGACUGUAUGUACCAUGAAGACUAAGUACAGAGAUUAUGUGUUUGGGGGGGGGCUAGAGAGAGAGGAGAACGAGUGGGUCGUCGCCGAGAUCAACGAUUUGCUCAGGGCUAAUCCAUGUUUUGUCUUGAGGCGGUAGAUAGGUAAGACCCGUGACACAUGCAUAUAUAGAUUUUGAGAUUGAUUGACAGAUCAAGAUAGACAGCAGCUGGGUAGGGUAGCCAGAUUAGGUUGAUAUACUAGUAAGUUGAUUAGACACUACCUUGUUCCCCCGAGUAGAACGUAUUGUCAUUAUAACUGCAUUUUGGCCAACUUUCAGUCUAGAUGCAGAGUGAUUCUUACCGUACGUUCUGCUCGGCGGAAGACGGUAGGCACAUAGGUCGUUAGGUGGAAAGAUCGACAGAUAGAAUGUGUGUGCCAGCAAGCAUCAAAUGAAACCCAUCAUCAAAUGACGAGUCUGACGGCUGAGCGAGUGGAAGAUUAUUAUUUAUUGGCUCGAGGGAGAAAGGGGGGUCAUCAAUCGAUCGAGUGAAAAGAGGGGUCAUCUUUUGAUGGGUGGGUGAUCAAUUGAUCCCUGUUGUUGUUGUUAAUUAGCUCUUGAGGGAACAUAUGAUAAUGAUGAUGAUGAUGAUGAUGAUGAUGAUGAUGCGUGGGAUCUGCAGCUUCGAUGGGAAAGGGAAAAAUUUUGUGUCAUGAUGAGAGAGCCAGAUAGAUGGAAAUGUGUGUAUAAAUGACAGGAGGCACCCCGGAGUCAGACGCAUAAUGGGUGCCGUGUUUUGAAUGGUCAUAUGGGUCUCUUCCCUUCGACAAGAUCUAUACUCUCCAAUUACAGUACUUCGUGAGUCGGAGUCUGUUCCUGUGAAUGACAGCGCUGUCUACAUGCCGUGCUGUGCCCCGUGUUGACAGAGGGGCGCGCUCUCGUUCGCCGGUGACUGAUCGGUCAUUCGGACGAUCACGAAUUUGCCUCAGUUCAUCCUGGUACGUCUGGCUAAAUGUUCACUUAUCAGCGCGCAAAAGAUAGAUUGAUAGAUACAGAUAGAUAGAGAUAGAUAGAUAGAGAGAGAGAGAGAGAGAGAGAGAGAGAGAGAGAGAGAGAGAGAGAGAGAGAGAGAGAGGAAUAAGUGGACUUGUUAUGGGGGGCAUAGAAGAGGUCGGCGCGGGGAGAUGUAAAUGGGAAAUCGUCGGGCGCGUAAUUGUACAGCGGCCAAACUGCCAUCAUCGGAUGUACGAUGUAAAAAGCAGAUGUUAAUUUCGUCCUUUCGUAUCGGGACAGACGGCACCUUAUUUUAUCCAAAACGUACCGAGUGCGUUGUGCAGUACAUUGAGCUCACGUAAUUUCUGAUCUUUACAGGUCUUUAGAGAGAAGAGAGAUCCAUGCUCAUCUGCUUUGGCAGUUAUGAAAUAGAAAAUGUAAAACACGAUGAAGUAUCUGAAUCAGCAUGAGAAGCAAGAGAUUGUUUCUUGUUGGGAAGAGAGAGAGAGAGAGAGAGAGAGAGAGAGAGAGAGAGAGAGAGAGAGAGAGAGAGAGAGAGAGAGAGGAAAGAAGGUUUACAAUGAGACGAGAGUGAAUCAGAAUGAGAAGGAAGAGAUUCAUUUAGUGAUGAAACGUUCUUUGACGAGAGAUCACACUGGACUGUUGUCCUUCACUGGAGUCUACUCCUUCGACAUUUGAGUAGUGCACAAGGUGGGAAGCGUACGAGGAUGGUGAGGUUAGGGAAUGCGAAGGAGGAGGGGUGAAAGGCCCAGGGCCUACUGGCUUAUAAUUCAUUCACUGCGGCAUUAUGCAUUGCGCGCCAACACACUCAGCUUACAGACCUUUCUCCGGAAAUCCUCUCCUACUGUCGAAGAGGAAGGAGGCGGACGCGGCGGGUAACCAACGGG